AUGACGAGCUCCACGAACCGCCUGCUGGACCCCGAUACGCCUGUAGACCAGGGGACGGUUUAUUGUAACCUUUGGCUCUUCAUUUGGCUCAAGACAAUUGGCUCCUUCGACUCCGGCGCCUUCAGCGCUGCUCUUGGUGCCCCCAACGGUAUUAGCGAGACUUGGGAUCUAAGCACGAAGCUGCAAGGCACGCUGAUCUCGAGCGUAUUCCUGGGGAAUGUGCUAGGGUGUCCGCUGGCUGGGCAUCUCUUCUCUCGCUAUGAUGAGAAACGUGUGUUGUGUGUUGCCCUCAUCGUACACACUGUUUUCACGUUUCUCUAUGCAGCCCUCCCCAUCUACGGUGUAGCUCUGCUGAAUCGCUUUUUCAUUGGCAUCAGCCUCUCCUUUAUCGUCGUGUACACCCCUGUCUGGGUGGACGAAUUUGCGCCAAAGAACCGACAGAGCGUAUGGAUGGCGUCACAUAACGCCGGCGUGCCGCUAGGCAUCAUGCUUGGCUACCUCCUCGCUGCCGGCCCGCCGGCCUUCACGAGCUCCAUCAGCUGGUGCUGGUCCUUCUACAUCAAGUGCGUGCUCAUGGUGCCGACCGUUGCCUACGUGGCGCGCUUAGACGCGCGCUCUAUCAACACACAUAAGGCAGGCGGUAGUGGCGGCGACAGAAAGGGCGACGACGACGCUGAUGACGACCACUUCGGCGGCCCCAGUGCGCUUAGCGGAGAAACCUCGAAUGGUGUAGCGGGUACGAUGGCCUUCUCACCGCCGCCAAUAACGGCGAGCGCGAGAGGGUCUGCAUCGGCAGGCGCCCCGCGGCCGGCCAAGUGGGAAAAGAGCAUCUCGCAGACGCUGCGGAUGCUGGAAGAUCGGGCGUUGGCAACCAUUCGAAACCUCUACUAUUCCAUGACGCCACUUUUCUCGAACGUGGUGUACAUGUGUAGCGUUGUGUCCCUCACAAGCCUCUACUUCGUCGCAACGGGGCUUCAAAAUUUUGUGACGCAAUAUCUUCGCGAGCCGCCGUUCAACGCUUCGAUGGCCAUCAUAACUGUCGGCUUCGGCUCGGCCGUCGUUUUGGCGCCAGUGUGCGGCGUCAUCGCCGGCGGCAUCCUGCUAGACCGUAUCGGCGGCUACAAGCGCAACCUUUACCGUGUCACCUUCUUUGCCUUGGCCUGGGGCGUGUGUGCGGUAUUCUUCUCGGUCAUUUGCAUCUUUGUGCAUACGACACGUGGUUUCCUGCUCGUCAUGUCCGUCGUACUUUUCUGUGGCGGGGCCAUCAUACCACCUGGUGCUGGGCUUACGAUGGCAACCUUGCCAGACCACCUUCGCUCCACCGGCGCGGCCUUCUCGCAAGUCAUCUACAACCUCUUUGGUAACUUCAGCGGGCCACUGGUGUGCGGUUGGGUGGCAGACGUGACGGGGAGUCUGCGCUACGGCAUUGUCACGCUUCUCCUGUCCAGCGUACUGGGGGUCGUCCCACUCAUAGGAAUCUUGCACGUUGCCUUCUACGGCGGCGGCAGCGGGAUCGGAUCGGCGGCGAGUGCGCUGAUCGACAGUGGCGGCGACCACGACGGCGCAGGCGGCGCGGCAGAGCUGGUGGACGGGAAUGAUGAAGUGUUGGAGGUGCCGAGCAGCGGAGCAGUUGUGGAGGAAGACGCGGGGACGGCGGCACGGCUUGACGGGCACAGCUACAACCGCGAUGGCGCGAAGAUGCGCGCAGGUCUGAUAGCGACGCAAGAAGGAAGCUUCACAGUACCACCAACGACAGCGUCUGUGCGAAGCGGUGCUUCGGGGUUGGCUCAGGAGCUGCAGAUUGAAUCACCGCUGCAGAGGAGCCGGCAGCCCACAUUGGAGGAUGGUGUGCCAAGCGACAGCGGAACGGGCACGGCUCGCAGCAAAGAAGGGGCCGCCUCACUGUCGUUUUCGAUGUUAAUGCGAUCUGCCCGCUCCCCAUCCGCACCCGCAGCAGCCCCACCGCCACCGCCGGUGAUGCCACCUACGCACUCGACUUCUCUCACUGCUGCCGCGGUGCGGACCUUCAACGUGUUGGGGCCACUACGAGGUCCAGGAACUGCGCGGCCGGUGACGGCGGAGUUUUCGUCAUCACCGACAAAAGGGGCCACCGAACUACCUCCCACCUUUUCUCUCAACUAUGCGGAGCGCCGCUGCGAGCAGCAGAAGGCGGAGGUGGAGCUGAUGAACCUCGAGGCGAAAGCAGCGAAAGUCGCGUCACUCCCCAACCAGCGCGCAUUCGGGAUCGAUCUGGUGCGGGGGUGGAUGAACAAUGAAGUGCAAGAGGCAAACUUGCGACCGCACCCUUCCUCCAGCAGUCUGGUGCGCGGUAGUAGUGAGGCUGGCGUGACGCACUCGCCGCACAUGGAGCCCCCACUCGCCUACAUCGCCAGCAGCAGUGUCGCGAGUCUUGGAGGUGCUAGUGCCGCUGCGACAACCCUACCCCAGCGUCGCGGCUGCACGCUCCCGCAACGGUACGGCAACAGUGUCGAGCACGUAACGGACGAGGCGGGUGUGAGGCAAAUCCAUACACGCACACACGCAGGUGGGCGCAUGCAUGUGUAG